AUGCACGCCAUGCGAUCGAUCUAUUCCGGACAAUGGCGACUCCCGCUCGCCCGCCACGCGACCCGUCUUCUAUCGAUUGGACAAACGGUACCAGGAAGACCUAACGGCGUCUCUUUUGGCGCUCCUUCCGGCGUGAGGUCAACGACAGAGGCCACGCCAGGACUCUUCCAAUUGCCAAAUUUGCACAUUCCGUCGGACUUUUCGAAAAUCACACGAAACGUCAAGUCGCAUUGUCAUCAGCUACGACAGGAGCUGAUAACAUCGUCGCCGGGACUGCAGACGCUGUACACAUUGGACGAUGUCUCGAAUGUCAUAUGCGCAGUCAUUGAUGCGUCCGAGCUUUGUCGCAAUGUACACCCCGAUGAGAACUUUCGGCGAGCAGCUAGUGAGUGUUACACUGAGUUGUCCGACUUUAUCCAGAACUUGAAUACCGACGUGGAGAUAUUUCGGUCGCUGAAGACUGUGAUGGAAGACGAAGUUGCCGUCGAAAGCUUCACACCAGAGCAGAAGAGGAUGGGAACGUUGCUGCGCAACGAAUUUGAGCGUGACGGCAUCCAUUUGCCUCGUGCUGAGCGACAGCGAGUGAUCUCGUUGCAAAGGGAUAUCACCAAACUCAGCAUGCAGUUCCAGUCGACGAUGUAUGAUGCAAGGGACUAUGUGGAAGUGCCAGCUAAAUACAUACGAGGUAUGCCGCAUAGCAUCACGUCCGUGUGUGAGCGCAAGUGGAUGAGCCAUGACACACUGCGGGUCCCCACAGACCUGCACGUCAUGAACACAGUGUUAAAGUGGGUUGGCGACCCAGAAGUCCGGCGAAACAUGUACGUUGCUGCAAAUUCGUGUGCGAAAGAUAAUUUGCCGGUACUGGAUAAGCUGCGAGCGAAGCGGCAUGAACUUGCCCAGUGUUUGGGAUUCCCUACAUACGCUCAUCUAGCGACAAGUGACCGUAUGAUUGGAUCUCCAGAGGCUGUUGAAGUAUUUACUCGAGACAUUGCUAGACAGCUGAUGGCAAAAGCUAAGAUGGAGCAACAGCUUUUGCUGGACGCCAAGCGGAAACACGAAGGCGGUUCUGUUGACCACGUGUACAUGUGGGACUUGCCAUACUACAUGGGUAUGCUCAAGGCCCAAAAGUACGGGAUUGACUCGCGCGUAAUUGCUGCGCACUUUCCUCUCGAGAACUGUUUGAAAGGACUGCAUUUGCUGUGCUCAGCACUAUUCGGUCUGGAGUUGAAACAGGUGCCCGUGCUCAAUUCGAGCGAGUGCUGGCACGAAGACGUGGUGAAACUCGCGCUCACGCGAGACGGUGAAACGUUGGGCUACAUGUACUUCGACUUGUACAUCCGGCCAAACAAGUACAACCACGCAGCUCACUUUACUAUACGCUGUGGCAAGCGUCUGAGCGACAGGUCGUACCAGAAACCCAUCGUAGCGCUUGUUUGCAAUUUCAACAAGCCCGCGCCGGACAGCCCAUCGCUGCUGGCGCACGCUGAAGUGGAGACGCUUUUCCACGAAUUUGGUCACGCAAUGCAUUCGUUGCUGUCUCGCACUGAGUUUCAGCAUCUCUCGGGUACCCGCGCGUCUCUGGAUUUCGUGGAGACGCCGUCGCACUUGUUUGAGUAUUUCGCGUGGGACUACCGCGUCGUCCGAGAGUUCGCCCACCAUUAUCGGACAGGUGCCCCGUUGCCUGCUGACAUGAUGCAAGGGUUGCGUGCUUCCAAGACAAUGUUUGCUGCGAUGGACACACAGACUCAGUGCUUGUACUCGAUGCUGGACUUGCGGCUUUUCAAGGAGCAGCCUUUGCCUUGCAGCCCUCCAACGACUACGCAAAUGCUGCAGGAGCUGCAGAACGCUAGUACGUUGGUGCCUCACGUGGAUGGAACGUACUGGCACACACGUUUCGGACACUUGAUCGGCUACGGUGCUGGCUACUACAGUUACCUGUACGCCCGCGUGUUUGCCGCCGAUAUUUGGCAUACACACUUUAGUGGCCUCCAGAGCCCAUUGAACCGUGAAGCAGGCGAAGAAUUGUACCAAAAUCUGAUGAUGCAUGGUGGAGCCAAGGAUCCAAACGAUCUGCUUGUCGACGUGCUUGGCCGUGAGCCUUCUCCAGCAAGUUACCUCCACGAAUUGGGCGUCUAG